AUGUAAAAAGCGCACGCUCGCCCAGUCGCUGUCCAGUUGCUGUCCAGUAAAGUCCAGCAGCCGCUGCAGCCGCAUCCGCUGGUGAUUCCCCGAUUCCCGCUAGUGUUGUGGAAAAUAGAUAACCCAUAGAAACAUGGUCUAAUAGUGUGUGCGCGUUUGAAAAAUACAAAAAUUUAAAAACUAAAAAGAACAAAUACUUUUCGAACAACACUGAAAGAUAUUAAAAUAUCGAAAGGAUAGUCCGCAGUUUGAAAGUGCGAAGUGAUAAAGCCCAAGCCAAAGUUGAGAUUAUCUCUUUAAAUUAGACAAGUGAAUAAAAUAUUAAAAAAAUAAAACCCGCCGUUUUAUAAACCGCCAGAUAAACCGACUUGUAGUGCCUUAAAUCCACGAAUUAUAAGAAAAAUGGAGUACCUCACAAACUUCUACGAUGGCUGGCGGGAUCUGAUGGACAACAAAUCGGAUCCGCGAACACGAGACUACCCGCUCAUGAGCUCACCGUUCCCCACGAUAGCCAUCAGCUUGACAUACGCGUACAUUGUGAAGGUACUCGGCCCGAAGCUCAUGGAAAACAGAAAGCCCUUCGAGCUGCGCAAAGUCUUGAUCGUCUACAAUGCGUUGCAGGUUGUCUUCAGUGCCUGGCUCUUUUACGAGUCCUGCUUGGGUGGAUGGCUGAAUGGCUAUAACUUUAGAUGCGAACCCGUUGAUUAUUCCUACUCGCCCAAAGCGAUACGUACCGCCGAGGGCUGCUGGUGGUACUACUUCUCCAAGUUCACCGAGUUCUUCGACACCUUCUUCUUUGUGAUGCGCAAGCGAUAUGACCAGGUGUCCACCCUGCAUGUGAUCCAUCACGGCAUCAUGCCUGUGUCCGUUUGGUGGGGCGUCAAGUUCACGCCCGGCGGCCACUCGACCUUCUUUGGCUUCCUGAACACCUUCGUGCACAUCAUCAUGUACGCCUACUACAUGCUGGCCGCCAUGGGUCCCAAGGUGCAGCGCUAUCUCUGGUGGAAGAAGUACCUCACUGUGCUGCAGAUGAUCCAGUUUGUCCUGGUGAUGGUGCACUCCUUCCAGCUGUUCUUCAAGAACGACUGCAACUACCCGAUUGGCUUUGCCUACUUCAUCGGCGCCCAUGCGGUGAUGUUCUACUUCCUUUUCUCCAACUUCUACAAGAGGGCCUAUGUGAAGCGCGAGGGCAAGGACAAAUCGGCGGUCAAGGCAAACGGACAUGCCAAUGGACAUGCCAAGGCCCUCAAGGAUGGCGAUGUGACGACGACGCCCACCCGCAAUGGCCAGGCGAAUGGCUUCCACAACACCUUCUCCAAGUUCACCACGGAGAUGUGCAAUCCGGCUCUGAACUCCCAAUCUACGGCGAGACAGCGCGUCGUCGUGAACGCCGGCAACAAGUGAGGCCCUGAUCGGGAUGGGGGAUGCCAGCCACAGCCAACCAGCCAGCCAGCCAAACAUGAAACACACAUAAGCAUAAAUUAAUUACGCUACCAAUUAAAUUACCGUACAUUUAAAUUAAACGUAAGCAUAGGGAGUCAAAGCCUACAUCUAAGCCAAAUCGAAUUCGCAAUCAAGAACAAUUAAAGAAAAAGGAAAGGAGCAAGAACAUCAUUUCACGGACAUCCACGAGAGGGUCACCACAAAUUGCUGGCAAAUCUUCAUUCUCCAAAAUAUACCCAUACUCAUAACUAUAUUCUAUAUCCUGUAUACUCCAGCUGAAACUAUUUCUAUACAUCCCUUUUCAUACAUGUGCAUGUACAUAGAAUUUAGUGCCUUAUGAUAUAUUCUUACGGGACGGGACAAAGGACUUGCGAGUCCACAUCCCGUCUGGUACUCCGCUUUUUGUAACUAUCGCUCUGUACUUUUGUAUUUUUUGGUAAUGCAAGCGGCACUUUUAAUACGUGUUUAUUCUGUCGAUGGAUUGUUUUUUAAACAAAAGGAAAUGUGUUUUUAUUUUAUAAAUAAAUUCGAGAUUAAACCUA